CAAAGCUGUGGCAGCUUCAAGAUUCUAUUAUUGCCUGAUUACUUUGUGACAUUUCGAAAGUAAAAUAUUCUUCUCGUCACCCUCAUUUUUCAAGCUAUAUAUGCAGAAGGAGGCCACCAGUGGAACUCAUCUCCGAGCUUUCUGUUUUCUGAUAAGAGAAAAUGGCAGCCAUAGAAACCAACACAAAGAACUCCAUGCACAUUCGCAGCAACAGCUUGCCCUCUACAUCUCACCCCCUUGUAUCACAGUUUGAGGAGCAUUUAAACAGGCUGAAGCCUUCUGAAGUGGCUUCUUCAUCUUCUCUAAGCCAUAAACUCAAUGGCUUGCAGAAUUUGUAUGAUUCCACUCUUAAGUUGCUCCAAUUGUCAGCCACCCAAAAGGAAGUAGCACGAGAAUUCAGUGAAAAAUCGAUUGAUAAACUACUAGAAGGAUUUCUCUUUCUAUUGGAUACCAGUAGCACAGUUAAGGAUUGCCUACAACAAUUAAAGGAAAGCAUUCAAGCACUUGAGUCAGUUAUUAGGAGGAAGAGAGGAGCUGAAACUUCUGAAUUGACAAUUGAGGUUGGAAAUUACCUGGCUUCUAGGAAGAAGAUGAAGCAGGAAAUAAAAAAGGCCUUGAGAAAUUUGAAGGGAAUCUCGAAAGAUUCUUCCACAAACAACGACAAGGACACUUUGCCUAUGCUUAGCAUUUUGAAAGAAGCAGAAGCAAUUAGUGUGAGCUCAUUGGAGACUUUGUUGAUUUUUAUUUGCGAUCCAAAGGGACAACUAAAGCAAAGAAGAUGGUCAGUAAUCUCCAAGCUGAUGCAGCCUAAAAGAGUAGCUUGUGACUCUGAAGAAUCAGACACGAAUGAGUUUGAAAAGGUGGAUGUAGCUUUGCAGUCUCUUGUCAGUCACAAGAUUUCAUCUAUGGAGAAUUUUCAAACACAUUUGGAAAAUCUAGAGACUUGCAUUCAGGAUCUACAAGCAGGAGUUGAAAGCCUAUCAAGAAACCUGAUUAGAAUCAGAGUUUCUCUUCUGAAUUUCUUCAAUCACUAGGUAGAGAAAAUAUAAUCACAGCAUCAUGGGCAGAGAAGAAGUUCAAUUUUUGUCCAUGAGUUUCUCAUAAUUGUAUAUAGAUGUGAUUAUAUAUCAUAUUACUGAAUAUAUAGAAAAUAA